AUGGCCUCCCGAAGCUUCUCCAAGGCCCUGCGCUCGCCAUUGGGCCGCCAAUUGGCGUCGCCUGCUGUGCAGCGCCGCACCUUUGUGACGGCCUUCAAUGCUGCGCGGGCCUCUGCCGUCGCCGUCUCCCGCACUGCUGCUGCCGGUCCCACCCGCCAGCAGGUUCGUGGUGUUAAGACCAUGGACUUUGCCGGCCACAAGGAGGAUGUCUACGAGCGUGCCGACUGGCCCAAGGAGAAGCUCUUGGAAUACUUCAAGAACGACACCUUCGCCCUUAUCGGCUACGGCUCCCAGGGACACGGCCAGGGCCUCAAUCUCCGUGACAACGGCCUCAACGUCAUCAUCGGCGUGCGGAAGAACGGCAAGUCGUGGACGGAUGCCGAGCAGGAUGGUUGGGUCGCCGGCAAGAACCUCUUCGAUGUCGACGAGGCCAUCUCUCGGGGUACCAUCGUCAUGAACCUGCUCAGCGAUGCCGCCCAGAGCGAGACAUGGCCCGCCAUCAAGCCCCAGCUCACCAAGGGCAAGACGCUGUACUUCUCGCACGGCUUCUCCCCCGUCUUCAAGGACCUGACCAAGGUCGAUGUCCCUACUGACAUUGACGUGAUCCUGGUCGCCCCCAAGGGUUCGGGCCGCACCGUGCGCUCGCUGUUCCGCGAGGGACGCGGCAUCAAUUCGUCGUUUGCCGUCUACCAGGACGUGACCGGCAAGGCCGAGGAGAAGGCCGUCGCUCUGGGUGUUGCCAUUGGCAGCGGUUACCUGUACAAGACGACGUUCGAGAAGGAGGUCAUCUCCGACUUGUACGGUGAGCGCGGCUGCCUCAUGGGAGGCAUCCACGGCAUGUUCCUCGCCCAGUACGAGGUGCUGCGCGAGCGCGGCCACAGCCCCAGCGAGGCCUUCAACGAGACCGUCGAGGAGGCCACCCAGUCGCUGUACCCCCUCAUUGGCGCCAACGGCAUGGACUGGAUGUUCGAGGCCUGCUCGACCACCGCCCGCCGCGGCGCCAUUGACUGGACCCCCAAGUUCAAGGACGCCCUCAAGCCUGUCUUCAACUCGCUGUACGACUCGGUCAAGAACGGCGACGAGACCAGACGCUCGCUCGAGUACAACUCGCAACCCGACUACCGUGAGAAGUACGAGGCCGAGAUGGCCGAGAUCCGCGGCUUGGAGAUCUGGAGAGCCGGAAAGGCUGUUCGCUCUCUGCGCCCCGAGAACCAGAAGUAA